UUUAGUCAAUGGUUUCACUUAUGAAUACUCAGCUGAUUCGUUAUUUGUUUCUCCUGUUUCGCACAAUACAAAAAUAAAUUGAUCGUGUAAAAUAUUAUUUUAAUAUCUAACAAUAUAAAUAUUUCAUAUUUCAUACAAAAAGAAGUUAUUAAUAUAUGUUUUACAAUAACAUGUAAUAAACUGAUAAAAAAAAUUUUUUAAAUAUCAUGUCCAGAGAAUUACGAAAACACUAAUGUAAGUAACAGAUCAAAAUUUGAGACAAAAAAUAUAAAAAUAUGUCGUCUUCGACUGAAAAUGUUGCAAUAAAGCAACCUAUUAGGCGCUUGGAGAUCCAAAUUAAUAACUUCAAUGUGGCCAUACCACAUCAUGUUAACUUAUUAAAACGGCAUAAAAGUAACAUUGAAAAAUAUCAAACACAACAUGAGUGGGAAAAGAUGCAUAGAGAACACAUAAAUGUAGCUAGGAUUAUAAAACAGCUUAAAGAAUUACUAUAUCAAAUGGACACUUUAAGAGCUCAUGUUCUUGAUUCUGACAUUAAUCAGUUUGAUAAAUUAACUGGCAAUGCCCGUACAAGUAUUAUGAAUGCAGUCAGAGAAUAUAUGGAAUUACAGCUGAAUUUGCCCAUGUCACAACCAGAGUCACCCAAAGAAGAAGAUCAACCCAAAAGUCAUCCACUUGACGACACAUAUAUCCAGCUCCAGAAAGAACAGCAGGAGCUGCAGCAUCAGGAGGCAUGUCUGCAUACUUGGAACACCUUGCAAGAAGAUAUACAUCAACUUCAUCAAUUAUUUCUUGACUUUAACAAAAUUGUUGAUGACCAGAAGGAGCUAGUAAAUGCAGUAGAAGACAACAUAGAAGUAACAAAUGUGAAUGUAACGGAGGGUGAGAAAUUCCUUCAAAAAGCUGCUAGGUACAAAGUUACUAUGUACCCUUUAGCAGGAGCUGUAAUUGGAACUUGUAUUGGUGGACCGGUUGGUUUACUAGCUGGAUUAAAAGUCGGUGGUCUAACUGCGUUAGGUUGUGGUAUUUUAGGAUUUACUGGAGCAUCCAUAAUAAAGAAAAAGGAGAUAGAAAUGCAAAAAUCGAGAUCAACAGAGGAGCAUAGUUUAACUGAGCAAAAAUCUGUGCAGAAAUCAAUAUCUUUACCUGAGAAUUUACAAGAAACUAAGAAGGAGUUGUGACAUAUGCCAAAAUGUGAUAUUAGCGAUAAGAGUAAAAGAAAGAAUGCCUGCAGUGUCGUUUAAUCUUAAAGCACUGAUAUUAACAAUUCAAUGUUUUUAAAGAUUUAGGGAUUCUUUAUAUUUAUUCUGUAUAUAAAACAAGAAUAUUUUACAAAUUAUUAUUAUUAAGGAUAUUACGACUAGAUAUUUCUAUAAAAAUGACUUGUGACUUAUGAUAAA